UCUGUCCCGUUACAGUCCCAAUCGUCGCCGCCCGAGGUGUCGGACGCCAUCUCCAUUACCAACGCCCUCGUCUUCACCUUCUUGUUCUCCCAGUCGUGGUCUUCACCAUCUUCUUCGCCCAACAUAUCGGAGGGCUUAUUUCAUAUUCGCGGCGGCGGAUAUCUCAAAUUCGCGGUGGCGGCUGAACACGGUCGAUGGCGGCGGGGCUUUGUGUAACAGAAUAGCUCACCCGCUACAGAAUAUUAUCCGCUUUGGGUAUACACCAGAUUACUCCCUCACGGUUUUGCCUUUGGGAGCUAGCUCACCAAAACGCGUCCUACUAGGCCCUACCCAGGCUACGGUAGUCGCUCAGUUCCGCGACUAUCACGCAGAGAAGUUCUCAGGUCAGGGCGACCCCCGUAUCGUUGAUGAAUGGAUUCAGGGGUUGGAGUUUAUCUUUGAGGUUAUGGAAUGCCCCGAUAGAUAUCGCGUAGUUUGCGCUCAGCUUCAGCUCACUGGCGAUGCGAGGCUCUGGUGGAACGCCUACUGGAGCAUGCGUCCCGGUGAAAAGGCGGGUUGUACAUGGGACAUAUUCAAGGAUCUAGUCCGUGACAAGUACUACCCUUCUUACUAUCGGGCAGAGAUGGAGCGCCAGUUCUUAGCGCUUCAGCAGGGCACUCGUACUGUCGAUGAGUACGAGCGUGAGUUCACCAGACUUGCAGGUUUCGCACCGGAUCUUGUUCGCACAGAGGCCCAGAGAGCUCAGCGGUUCAUUGACGGACUUUACCCAGCAGUCCGUCAUAACAUU